UGAGCUGCACCCACAUCAUCUGUCUCUCCUCUAACAGGAAGCUGUCAGAGGUGAACCUCAUCCACAGCUGUGAUUCGAUGAUCGUAGAGUGGGCGGAGCUUGUGUCUGAGUUUCUGCGGCAGGACUCUUCUCAGGCAGUCCAGGAUGGGAUGAAGAUGCUUCCCUCAGAGGAGUUUCAUUUCUGGAAGAACAGACUGAAAAACCUGCGUUUCAUCCAGCAGCAGGUCUGAAGAGGGCUGAACGUGUGACUCUGAAUCUGAAUCCUCUGCAGGAGAAGCUGGAGGAGGUGGAGCAGAUGGAGUACCAGCAGCUGGGCGCCAACAUGACAGCUGUAAUGGAGGAGGUUUGUCUGGUGUGGAUCAGGUCUGGGUUCGAGUGUAAACCCUGCUGGAUGGUGGUCCUGCUGCAGAAGAUCUGCAACCUGUUCAUCCAAAUGAGCAGGAAGUUCCUGCAGGGGGAGGAAGUGAUGCGUCGUCUGGUAUCAGAGCCUGGUCUGGUCCUGCAGGAUGUCAGACUGGUGAUCUGUACUCUGCAGACCCUCAAAGAGGCAUACAGCCAGUGCUGGACUAAGAACCAGAGCCAGGACGGAGUCACACAGAGCUGGAACUUCCCGUCACACCUGGUUUUCUUCCACCUGGACAACUUCCUGACACGUCUGCAGAACAUCCAGGAGGUGUUCUCUGUAAGUCUGCAGCUACAUCAGUUGGCUCAGACAGUCCUGUCCAGUGUCAGGAGCAGGAUGCGGACUGAUGUGGUGCAGGAGGUGUAUCAGGACUUCCUGUGUCAAGUGACCGUUUUGUCUGGCUGUAAUUGCGACGCCACCGACCCUGAUGACCAGAGGUUCGAGCUGCACCUCUUUCAGUUUCAGGAUCAGGUGUCAGACCUGGAAAGACAGCUGGUGUCUGUCCUCAGCAGAGCCUUUGAGGACUGCUGUGUCUCCUCUUCUGCAGCAAAGCUGGUGAAGAUGUUCAGGUUCAUCCUGGACCGUCCUCUAAUCCAGGAUCAGAUGCGUCCUCACCUGAUCCGACUGGUGGAGCUGGUCCUGGUGGAGCUGGAACAGACUGAGCUGCUGUUCCACGGUCAGAGAGAGGAAUCAGAAACAUUCAGCAAGUUCACUCCAGCUGCUGCAGCUCGACUCUGCUGGGCUCAGCAGCUCGAACUGAGAGCAGAAGAUGCUCUGAACAGCUAUAAAACUGUACAACACCUGUGUGUGGACUCAGCUGUGUCCCAGCUGGUUCUACAGAGGUUCCAGCAGAUUGUGGACCUCCUGCAGGACUUCAAAGACCGAGUGAGGUCAGACUGGAGCCGUCAACUGGACUCAGAUUGUGGAUUCAUCCUGGAACAACCUCUGAUACAGCACAACCAGCAAGGCAUGCUGGGAGUUAACUGCAGCCACGAGCUGGAAGCAACACUGAGGGAGCUCAGGUAUGUGAGCAGGGAGACGGAUGUGGAGCUCCGCCCACAUGCUGCUCGACUCUUCACCUGCAGAGAUGAUGUGACGCAGAGCUACCUGAUCCUGAGUCACAUGAUGUCCUGCUACAACCAGGUGCUGAGCGGCGUCCUGCAGGUGGAGCUCCCUCUGAUCCAAGACCAGCAGCAGGACCUGUUCCAGACUCUGUCAGAACUGCAGAAGAACACCUGGAGCUGUGAAGGUGUGCAGCACCUGCUGGAGCGGCAGAGAGGGAGAGUGUUGAUCUUGCAUUCCACAGUGAGCGAGGCCAGAGCCAACAUGGACGCCAUGACGUGCAUCAUACAGGGUUGGGCGGAGCUUCACCUGUUGCAGCACUCAGGUGACUCACUGCUUCAUGGUGGAGCUACAGAGCAGAGCUGGAGAGGAAUCAGGGAGGAGGGACAGCAGCUGCUCAGGUUGACACAGGUGAACAGGAGUCUGUAUGGGGCUGAGGACUCCUCUGAGUCCUGGAUCAGGUAUCUGAACCACAUUGAUGACAAGGUUCAGGACGGACUGUUCCAGCUGCUGCUCAGAUCCCUUCACUUCCUGUCUGACAACAUGAACCCACAGAGCUGCAGUCCUGCAUUGUUUGCCGUCCGUCUGCAACUGCAGGAAACAGGAAGUGUGUUUGAGCCGUCACUGGACGGUGGUCUCUCUGACCUCCUGAAGACCAUCAUCGCUGACAUUUACAAAGCAGCCAGUCUGCCGGCCAGGAUCUCUGUUAGUCGCCCUGGCAACUACCAGAUGUCUCUGCAGCAGAGUCCGGAUCUCUCUGCCUUGGAACAGGACAUCAUGCAUCACCUGCUGCAGGUGAGGGAAGAGGCGGAGCAUCUGAGGGCAGGGCUGGACAGGUACUCCUACUUGUGGCAGAGUGACAGGAUGCAGGUGAUACAAGACUUCCUGACCUACAGCAGACAGCUGGGACCUGAGGAGCUGGAGGCCGAGGAAACCCCACCCACCCUGAAGGACUUCAAGAGAGAGAUUGAAUCACUCCACAGACUGAGCAGAGAGGUGACUCACCUGGAUGAUGUCAUAGUCCUGCACAGCUGGCUGCAAGUUGACCUCCGACCCUUCAGAGAAUCCCUGCUGUCAGUCAUCCAUGACUGGAGACGCAUGUACACAGAGCACCUGCUGGACAGGUGGAGUGACAGUCUGCAGCAGGUGAUGUGUGCUGACGGUGAUGAAGAGUCUUCAUCCUCCUCCAGCAUCCCUCCGACAGAAACCAUGGUCCUGUUGGAAGCUGCAGGAGUCCAGCUUCCUGAACACCUGUCAGCUCAGCUACAGGUAGGAACAGCCCUCUGACAUCACUGCUGACCUCACAGUGUGGUUCCUGCUGCUGCGGAGGGAAGCAUCAUUUCAUCGUAAUACUUCUACUGCUGUGCCCGGUGGCAGUUUGAUUGAAGUCUAUGGGAGAAACACGCUGGAGUCAACAUGUCUCAGUCACGACCUUUGAUAUUAAUACAAUAUGUAUUCUUCACUUCUCUUCGGUUCCUGUGCUCUUCAUCAUGACUGACGGGGCUAAUAACAGCUAAUGUUAUGACAUGUUUAUUGAUUGAAGUACAGUCACUGCCCCCCACCCAAUGUCCCAGACACUCAGGUAUUAUCUGAUCAUGGAGCCUGGUGUUCAGUCACACCAUUCAGACUGACCGAAACACAGAUAACCUGUCACCCCGUUCAUUAUUACAUUAGAUUAUCUUUGGAACAAAUGUUCAAACUGGGCAGCAGAGCUGAAAAGGCUUAAAAACAAACAUUGAAACCUGACACAGAGCUGAAAGACUGGGGCGGGACGGGAGCUGACUGCUUACAUGAAGUGACCUGGAGACGCUGAUCAAGCUGUAAUGUUGUGCAUCGUGUCCUCUGAUUGAAAAACGCUGAAUUGGCGGCACUGACAGACGUUCUGGAACGUUUUGUUGUACGAAGAAGCUUCCGGCUGGACAGAAUAAUAUACGGAGAUGAUGCUGUCAUCCAUAUUGUUGUAAUAGUGAACUCCUCCCUCACAUGAGCGUGUGUUUGAAGUAGCUGGAGGGGGGGUUUCUUUGCUCUGUUUAAUCCUGCUGAAGAACGUUGAUGAACUGAUGUGUAGUUUACUCACCUGUCCUGUUCAGACUGUGUCACUGUAUAUUUUUAGUUUCCUCUUCAUGAGCAUCAUGUAGUCCAGAUGUUCUGUCCUGUUACUGUUUCUUCUUCUGUUUCUUUAUUUCUCAGCUUUGAUGGACUGAAGAGGACAGCAGAGGACUGAAGAGGACAGCAGAGGACAGCAGAGGACAGCAGAGGCGACACUCAUUGUUUCAGUUCUUCAUUCAGUUCAGUUCAGUUAGUUCGGGGAGCAGAUUGUUCAGACGGUGAAUUAAUGACUUCUGGCAUUAAGUCUGACACUAAA